CACAGGCUACAGUGGGAAGCGUAUGUGAUGAUCUCUUAGCCAGGUUGAACACGUAAGGCAGGACACAUCAAAACGAAAGAACGGAUUCGGUAUUGGAAGACUUAUUAGAUUCGAUAACAGGAAGGCGACCGGUUGCUGUGGCAUCAGUAAUGACCAACAACAAUGUGGUAACCCUCAGUUGGUUAUUGGCUCAAGAUCUGCCCCAAGCCUACAUCUUUACUGAGAGACCUUCAACAUUCAACCAUAAUGCAACCUUUGUUAAUGAUAAGAAAUAUGUCAUCCACGACUACUUACCAAACAUAACAGAAGACAACAGGCACCUCAAGGCAAUGAGGGCAUGUCCUGUGGCUGGAAGUAAAUUUCCUAUCCUGGUAACACGGGACAUAAAUCCGCUUAUUAGAGAGCACUGGUCCAAGUGGUUACCAUUUUUUCCUAAACCUGAUAUAAGAAUCUUCGACAAAGAAGACACAGGAGACCGACCGUUGAUCGUCAAUUUCCCUUUCCAAAGUUUCCCUGCAAAUAAGCACGCCGUCAAUCCCGACGUUCACUACAAGCUUAGCUCCAAGGCCAGAAUUCCCGAAAUGGGGGCGCCGUGUCCCAGGCACAUGUCACGUGAUAACUAUACCCUCCCUUGCAUUAUAAAGGCUGCACAAGGGAAGGGGAAACGCGGAACUUUUCUCGUGAAAACAGAGGAGGAAGUUACAGAAGCUCUAAAUGAGCUCAGUAAUAAUUUCUGCGAUGCGGAACUUGUGGUGACGGAAGUGAUAGAAAAUGUCUCUAAAUGUCUCCUUGCUCAGCUGUACAUCUUUCAAAAUGGACUUUUCCACUGGUUAGGCGUCAAGUGUAAAUCGAACCUACCAUUUGUUAAGCGACCCGAGGGCUACAUCCCGACUCCCGACGUCAACUGGGACGAGCAGGAAGAGCUGGAAGAGAUGUUGCGUGACGUUGUGCAUCCAGUCACGCAAUACCUUCACGGAAAUGGUUACUUUGGAUUUACUGGGGUAGAGAUUUUAGUCAACGAUAAAGGAUGUUUUGUGGUUGACGUUAAUCUCAAAAUUGCCUCAUCGACAAAUCUUCUUUUGAUCGCACCUCAUAUGGCUGCUUUAAAUUUUCCGAUUUCUUAUGUCAUGGAAAUUUUGCCAACUAACAUCAAACAUUUACUCGAGGCUAUAGACAGUUUAAACCAUCAGGGAGAUGGAAGGGCGAUUCUCUUGGCUGAUGGCGAGCUCUCCGUAGAAAUUCAACACAAAGCUUGCGUUGUGAUCUUUGCGAAAAACUGCGAAGACGUCUUCAAAUUUCAACGAGAACUUUUAAAGGUUGCCGGUAAUGAAAUUUCUUCCGGCACUAGUUUAGGUCCGUAGCUUAGAACGCUAUAUGCAUCAAAUCUCUUUUUUUAUCAUUUAGAGCCUUACGCAAGUAAUGAGGUAUUCCCGAACAUUGCUCGCACUUCCUCGGCCAAUCGAUCACUAGUCGAUAAUGGGUAAGUGAACUUAUUUUUGUGGUGUAGACAAUAUUCGCCUAACACGGCGAAUAAUGUCUACACUAGUCGAUAUAUGAUGGAAUAACCCAUCGAUGGUUUCAAAUACAACGAGAAAAAGUCCCAUAAAUAGCGAAUCAUACAGUACACAGCAUGUCAGUUAACAUACGUUUAAUUUGAAGUAAAAUUAAAAAAAGACAUGCUCACGUGUUUUCUCGAAAUCUAAAUGACUAUUACAAACUGCCGCACAGUUUGUAUAGUCGAUAGUAAAAGGUAAGUGACAUCAAAGUCGAUCAAUGAAAAUUGCUAAUGUGUGAAAUCACUAAAAUUCUCUUAAAUCAACUUGUCCUCGAGUUACAAAAUAAAUCGAUAAAUUGGCGGGUUGAUAUGUAUUUGAAAUGUUUCGAUUGAUGGGGCUGUUCCAUAAACCAAUGCAACUUAUUCAAGAAAUCUUCGCAAUGUCAGAAUCUGAGCAACAAUCCACCCACCCCUCCCCUAACCGAACAACAGUCAACUAAUACCUUACCUUAUUAGGGUUAUUGAUAGUGAUAGUGGCUCGGAUUCUGAUAUUGAUCCAAAUCUACCAACGUAUUUUUUACAUUUUCAAAUAAGGAUUCUAAAUUCAAUUAGAAAAUAAUGUACGUCAAUAACGUUGCGCUAAAAGAAGAUGUACCUAUUUAUAUCGCAAGCAUACAUUGAAUUUAAGCGAAAAAAAUUUACUCGCUAGUUUGAUAUUAGAAUAUAUAAGACUAAAAUGAAUGUAUUUACUGUUUGUAAAUUUUGAGAGUUGAAAUUUCACUCCGCACCAAGAGCUAGGUUACCAUUUCAGAAUUAAAUAGAAUUUAAUGAAAUUCGGCUAGAAGUUUGUAUCAUGAAACAACCAGAAAUCUGGGAAUUGAGGUUGCGCAUAACCUCUUUUGUGGCUAAAGUUUUUCGUUUCAAUUUUUCGCUCAUUCCAUUCUCGUCUUUCUAUUUUGAGAGGAAAAACUGUAUGACCAUUCCCCUGACAGUGCUAUUCGUAUUUGCGCCCCUAAUUCCUUGAGCCAGCUGCUUUUAUAAAGCUAUGUAGGACGUGUAGUGUUUUUUGCAACUUUUCAUACUGUAUUUCUAGUGUUCGUUGUGUUUUAUAGUGUUGGUAUCUGUAAGAGAAUGCCAUGAUAUUGUCACUGAAACAUAAACAUGUCUUUGUGGAGGUUUAAAAACUAUGUAGUUUCUUACGGCUUUCUUAGCUAUUAUUUAGAUCGAAGAAGUGUAGCGUUAGGUGUCAUCCAGCAACUUUCCAUCGAGUGUCAGCAAAACCGCUAAUUUGAAAUCGCUUUGGUUUUACUUUAAAGGGCUCUGUGACUGGUUCCGCUAGAUAACUAGCAACAGCUUCUCGACCAAUCAAGCACAGCUGUAGAAUCAGUCGUGACUUAAUUCUGCGCGUUUUCUCCGGUGAUUUUAAUGGUUUUACUAGGAGAAUAUAAUCUGUUUAAAUUCUCACGGUUUCACGGAGUCCUUAUUGGUUCUUUUCAAUUUUCGUUUUUGUUCCGAUCAGUCGAAAUGACUACUUCUAUUUAAAUUUUGACCCUCAAUCGAAAAGUGUGAACUGCUAGAAAAAGUGACUUGAUAAUUUUUAAGUGACUGUGGUUGGCUCCCGUUUGACGUAAUUAUUUCUAAGAUUGGAAUAAUAUAAAAACAUUUUGUAUGUUUAUUAUGUAAAAGAAUUUUAUUCUGAACAGUCUUCUGUUCAUUUGCUACUCUUUCAUCAUACCUGAGAUGGUGAAUAUUCUGAUCAAUACUGCUAAGGGAUAGUUUUUACUCUAAAUUAACUGAACGAUUAGUAAAAUCGCUUCGAUAUUCAA